GUUGACUUCAUUUGGAUUUUGGUGGCGGAGAGAGACACAAGCACUUAAGGACAAUACUAAAUGAAGUGGGAAAUAAUGAUUCAAAUGAAGGAUGGGUUGGGUUUAAUAAUGCCCCAAACGCGGUUUUAGCACAGUGCAAACAAUAAUAGGAAAAAUCCAAAGUUCUGGUGCAAGUUGGAUGGCCGCAAGAUUAAUUCUGAAAAUGCAAAAGCUACCGGCAGAUGACCCUCUCAAAACACAGGAGGAGUAUAACCAUGGGCAAAAGAGCACUUUCAGAGCGCAUGAAGGGACAUGUGGUAGAAGAAAGAAAUCGUGGUGCAUACCGAAGCCGUCGGCGUCGUACCAGCAGCUGAUAGAGAACAUGAGCUACGCCUGCAAUCUGGUCAACUGCUCCGCCGUCCAGUCCGAAGCCGCCGGCGCCUGUUACUACCCCAACAGCCUCAUCAACCACGCCGCCUUCGCCAUGAACCUCUACUACCAGAACGCCGGCGCCAACACGUGGAACUGCGACUUCAACAACUCCGCCGUCAUCGCCCUCACCGACCCCAGCUACGGCGCCUGCAACUUCCAGUGCCGCACUUUUUAAUUAAUUAUUCCGGCCAAUUUAUAUAUUUGCGUUUAUUUAUUUAUAUUACACGCCCGCCCAUCCAUUUAGUUCAAUUAAUUAAUUCCUCUUUUAAUUCCCACUAGCUACAUACUGUCCGUCGUCUCACCAUGUUGGAACAAUUAUGCAUGUCCUCUUGAUCGAUUAAUAAUAUAAUGAAUGUCGUUUAAUUAGAUCGAAUUCACCCCAAUUCUUGUGCUUUUGUUUUCCUUUUGAGUUUGGUGUAUAUGAUUCUAAUGUUGUCACAUAUCUUUCUUUCGCUUUGUUUCAUCAUGAUCUCCAAAAUAACAUAUUCAACUUUAGAUGGUCUAAUAUUAUUCCAUCAC